AAGCAAACGUAACAACAACAAGAAUAAGAAAUGGCAAGCAACACCGAGAAGAUGUCAUACAACGCCGGCGAGGCCAAAGGCCAAGCUCAGGAGAAGGCGAGCGGGAUGAUGGACAGGGCGGCGGACGCGGCACAAUCAGCAAAGGAGUCGGUUCAAGAAGCAGGAGGGCAGAUCAAGGCCAAGGCUCAGGGAGCUGUUGAAUCGGUCAAGGAUGCCACCGGGAUGAACAAAUCUAACUGAUGAUGACCAGAUCCCAUCAUAAUUCGCCCUCGCGCCAAAAAUAAAACAAAAUAAAAUAGUAGUAUAUAUACGAGAUUGGAUAGAUUAAUCACAUAUGUUUUCUUUUUCUUCUUUUUUUUUUUUCCUUCUUAUUUCUCCUUCGGCUUCUUUUUUCGGGCAUGAUGAUGAUGAUCGGUUUACUUUGCUAGUACUGGUUUGUUUUUCUUUCUAUAAACCUCAUUUUGUACAACAGUGUAACUAAGAAGAGACUACAUAAUUCUCAGGUAUGAAAAAGAAAAGUUGAAAAAAUGACUUUCUUGCUUUCUUUUAUUUUAAGAUCAAAAUAGUCACAGAAUCAUAAUAAAUAUGGAAGUGGAUGUGAUCUUGAUCUUGAUGUCCAUACUAGUAUGUAACGCUUUUAGCACUCCCUUCUCUUCAAUUACCACAGUUCGUAUCAACUCGCCUCAUUCAGAUUUCUGAGCUGAGUGACUUAGUUCCUUUCCUUUUGGCUUGUUAAGAAAUAAAGCUUGGUACGUAGUAGCAAGCAACUCUCCCACUGUCUAACGAAAUGAGUAUAUGGUUAGAAUAUAAAACAUACAUAUAGCACAACGAGGCUUGUAUAAAGGCUGAAAUUUAUAAGUUGAUGGCUUAAUAGCUCAAACGAGCAUUAGCCUACUUAACUAGCACGAUAAAACCCUUGUUAUUAGGAACCAAAGUAGAGUAAUAGUGGAUGGUAUCAGUUACAUUGAUUAGUUUAUUGAUACACAAAUUAGGCUGAAAACAAUGUUGCCAUAAAUGUGUUGUUAUUUUAUUUAUGAUGUAUAUAUAUGAUAAUAUAACUCAACUAAAUUACUACGUACAGAAAACAAACCCAAAAUCAAUCAACCCGCUCAUCAAGUUACAUCCACCAUAUCUCUAUUUAUUAUUUGGAACUAAUUAAUUACCACACAAAUAUAAUAUGCUACAAUGUGACUGCAUAUGUUUGGUCAACAUGCAUAUGUUACUGUAUUAAUAUGUCCUGAGUUUUAUACUUCGUUUUAAUAUAAUAGUAUAUGAAAAUAUAUUAAAGUAUUUGUGGUGUUAGACACAAUUAAGGUAAGAGAAGCAACCAAUAAAUGAUUAUGUGGAUAAUUGGAAAGAAGAGACAAAGGUAUAACAAAAAUGAGAGGUUAAUUUAGAUAUGAAAAAAGGAUUGAUGACAUUAUUGAAACAAAAAAGACAACAACCUAUUAUUUGGAGAAUACCAAUCCUUUUAUAAUUGUUUGAGUCAAGUUCCUCAUUUCUCUCUCGUGAGGCUCUCUAGCCGCUUCCCUUCUUUGUGACUGAGACGCGAAGGUCCUGACACACGAGGCGCACCGUGGACCCUACCGGUCCGUCAGCACUCCGACGGUCAACUUAGCACAACAAUUUUAGAGAGAGAAGUUGAGUAAGAUUUAGUGAGAGAAUCCAAUCUGAGUAAAUGAGCUUCACCUACUCGACUAUUUAUGCCUCGAGGUUGGCCGACCAUUGCCCCCCAAAUUAGCCCCAUGUCAUCACCACAAUAAAUGCACUGCACCUUCACCUUACCAUGCGCCUCGACCACAUAACACUGUGUUUAGAGAUUUGAGGCGCCUGACCUCAUCUGUUGCGCCCUCCGUAUAUUUUAGGUCAUUACACUCUUUUAUCCUAUGCACCUUGUAUCAGAGGUCGGACCCACUUCUCCAGAUCGUUACUUGCUCCACAUUGGGCUGGGCCUUGUUACCGUUGGGCCCUCACUCUGGGCUGUACUUUAUUCCUUGAGCCCUAUUCUUGGCUUCCUUCCAUACUCAUGAUGAUUGGACCCUUUAUUGAGCUUCUUUCCAUACCCCCUACACUAAUAUUUGUCAAAUAACAUGUUGGUGAUAUUUCACAUAUUUGAGGGAAAAAAACCAAAUAAUACAUUUUUUUCAAUCAA